GCGGGCGCCGUGCCUCCUUGAGUGCAUCUGCUGGCCGACGAUGGGUUCGGCUUGGGUCGCGCAUCCUUACACCCCUGCGCCUGCCGGGGCAAGUGCUGAGCCUUCCUUCUGCACCGGCAACUUUGGGCAAAUCAGCUCGCUUCACUAGGCCUUAGUUCCGUGGGAGCCUUAUUAUGUUAAGAGCUGGAAGGAACCCUAUCGCUCAUUUAGUUAAGCCACACGUCCCCGCCCCCGUUUUGUAGAUAAGGGGGCCUCUCAUUUACCACUCCCUGCGUUCCUGGUGCUUCAGUUAACCCCCUGGGGAGUCCUCUUGGAUCGUGUUACCGUUUCCAUAGAAUGAGUUAGGCUCAGAGAGGUUGGCGACUUAGCUGAGGUCACACAGCUUGGAACUGUGGAGUCUCAAGAGUCAAGUAACUCCCACUUGGUUCAUGGCCGAGUUCAAAUUUCCAUUUAGAGCUGCUUCCACGACUGCACUACUACUAAACCUAGUUGUAAAUCAGAAUCACCCCCGAGAGAGUCUUAAAAGUCUUCAUUCCCGGUUCCCUGGCAGGUUGACUGACUGAGAAGCUUUGGUGCUAUAGCUAAGAACUCUGCAUAUUCAACAAGUUUGAGGAUGGUUUUUAUGGCUUGUGGGUGAACUUUGGAAACCCCUGGGUAUACCUGGAGGCCUGUUUACCCACAAACCGUGGAGAAGUAAUAAACCUGAAGUACCUAGCGAGGAGAAAUGCUGGUGCACAGUGCCAUCAAGGUCUGCUCCCUUCAGCCCGUUUUCAGGUACUCUGGUUGACAAUGGCUGACGAUCACGAGAAAGAUUUGCAGAAAUUUCUUAAAAAUGUGGAUGAAAUCACCAGCUUAAUCCAAGAGAUGAAUUCUGAUGACCCGCUUGUACAGCAGAAAGCUAUCCUGGAGACAGAAAAGAGACUACUGUUUACAGAGGAAGUCCAAGAGGAGGACGGGUGCCGGACCACUCUGAACAAGACCAUGAUCAGUCCUCCGCAAGCUCCUACAGAGAAUGCAGAUGGGAUAAGCUCAGAAGCCUUUUUGGCAUCUAUGGAGUUGGAUGCAAGAGAACGUGCCAGGAGAAGAAGGGAAAACAAAGUCUUAGCAGAUGCCCUAAAAGAAAAGGGGAAUGAAGCAUUUGCCAGAGGGGACUAUGAAGCAGCCAUCGUGUGCUACAGUGAGGGUCUGGAUAAGCUGAAGGACAUGAAGGUGCUCUACACCAACAGGGCCCAGGCUUAUCUAAAACUCGGGGACUACCAGAAGGCAGUCGUGGAUUGCGAGUGGGCUCUGAAGUGUGAUGAAAAAUGCACAAAAGCCUAUUUCCACAUGGGAAAAGCCCACCUGGCCCUGAAGAACUACAGCGUGGCUAGAGAGUGUUAUCAGAAGAUCUCGGAAAUAAACCCCCAACUGCAGGCCCAGGUGAAAGAUUACCUGAAUCAAGUGAAUCUCCGGGAGAAAGCAGACCUUCAAGAGAAGAAAGCCCACAGAUCGCUGGAUGCGGGAAAGAACACGGCCGUGGCCGUCAGAAAUCUCCUGGAGACGCUGUGCAAGCCCGAUCAGACCCCCUUGUUCUAUGCAGGAGGGAUUGAAAUCCUGACUGAAAUGAUGAAGGACUGCACGGAACAAACUUUAUUCAGGACACACAAUGGAUUCAGUCUCAUCAGCGAGAAUGCGGUCCUGAGAAGGUGCUUUUCCACGGCAGGAAAAGAUGCAAUGGAAGAGAUGGUGUGCGUGUCUGUCCUCAGGCUCUGGCAAGCAGUGUGCGCGGGGAAUGAGGAAAACCAGCGUCUACUGCUGGAGACCCCAGACCUGGGCCGGCUGCUGCCCUCCUUGCUGGCCGCCAGGGCUCUGACCGUCCGCCAGCAGAGCCUGGCCCUGCUCCUGCAGCUCGCCCAGACAGACCACGGACGGGGCCUGAUCAUCAGCCACCUUGACCUGACCCGAUUUUUGGAAGCCCUGGUGUCAUUUCUUGAUUUCUCAGAUAAGGAGGCCAACUCAGCUAUGGGACUGCUCACAGACUUGGCUCUGGAAGAAAGAUUCCAAGUCUGGUUCCAGGCCAACCUUCCAGGUGCGCUCCUGGCGCUCGCAGGUGUUCUGAAGAGAGACCCCAUGAUAACCAACCCCUCAGCUCUCUGCCGGUGCAUUGCCCUCCUGGGGAACCUCAGUGCUGAGGCCGCCAUCCGAAGACAGAUGUCUGCCUCUGAAGAAUUCUGGGAAGCCUGUUUGGGCCUUAUGGCCCGGUGUGAGGAGGAUGUGGACCUGUUCAGAGAGAUCUUGUACACGCUCCUGGGACUUGUGAUGAACUUGUGUCUUCAGUCCCCCAUCCUCUACGAGGUUUGGGCCUCGGAGGUGAGCAAGAGGUGCAUCUUUCUACUGAACAGCCAGGAUGGAGGGAUCCUGACAAGAGCUGCUGGCGUCCUGAGCCGCACCCUUUCUUCCUCCCGGAAGAUCGUGGAGGAGGCCCUGAGAGCCGGAGUGGUGAAGAAAAUGAUUAAGUUCUUGAAGACAGGGGGCCAGACGGCAUCACGCUACGCCAUAAAGACACUAGCUGUCUGUACAAACAGCUCUCACGAAGCGCGAGAAGAAGUGAUGAGACUGGAUAAAAAGUUCGGCAUUCUCAUGACGCUGCUCCGCUCCGAGGACGAGGUCGUGGUGGGCAAUGCUGCCCUCUGCCUGGGGAACUGCAUGGAGGUGCCCUGCGCGGCGCCCUCCCUGUUGAAGACGGACGUCGUGCAGGUGUUGCUGCGACACGCGGGGGGCGAUGCGCAGAAGACGGCCGUGCAGCUGAACGCGGGGAUCGCUCUGGGCAAGCUGUGCACGGCCGAGCCCAGAUUUGCCACUCAGCUGCGGGAGCUGCACGGGCUGGAGAUUCUCAGCUCCACGGUGAAGCACAUCGCUGAUUAAGACACGCGGCGUCUGCGCACGCUCUUCACAAACGCAGAGCCCAAUGCAGUGGGUGGUCCUGGGGCUAAUAAAGACUUUCUGAAUGUUCGCUCCAGAGAUGAAUACUGUUCCCAGAUGCUUGCCUUCUGGCUUUCCCCAGUCCUGGGAGAGUGGGCGUCGGGCAGUCCACAGUGUUGGAAAACCGCUCCGCGUCCCCCACGCUUGCUUCUACAGUCCCUUCCUGCCCCGCGGGAACUGGACGCCAGCAGACAGAAAGCCACAUUUCCCAGAUUCCCGUGUAAGUAGUGGUUCUAGAAAGGAGCUGGAUUCUGCUGGCUGAACACCCUUCUUGCCCCUGUGGCUGUUCUCCGCUGGCACCGUACUAGAAUCAUCCAGCGUUUUGACAGAGGGAUCUCAGGGUCUGAGUUCCAGCCCAGGGACUGUGGGGGCAGCUGCUCGGGCCCGGCCUGCCGCUGUGCCAUGUGCUCUUGAAUUUGGUGGGUUGAGUGGUAAGCGGCGACUCGCCUGGCAGGGAUUUUGACGAUCCAGAGACUCGUCCCCAGAAGCCCUGCCUGGUGCCUUUGUCCAGCUCAUCGAAGGAUUUGCAAACACCUGUCCCAUGGGUUACAUGGUUUUCUGCCUGAAGUACCAAAGCAGGGCCCCCUGUCUCCACCCCGACCUCACGUAAUCUUCGAGGUAUUUAUUCCCCAGACCUACCCUGCGCUCUCCCCCAACCCCCAAACAUACUGCUCCCUUGUCGCUGCCGCCUCUGGACACCAAGUCCCUAAGUGACAAGUCCAACAAGUGACACCCUUCUCCCAUGGCUCCACACAG